AAUAUUUAUAUUUAUAAACAAAAAUAACUAAAACAACCAUCGUAUAAAAUUUUCUGUUCUUUUAAUUUCAAAAUACAAUUUCAUAGUAAUUAACACUAUAACUAGAAUAAACAAAUUAAAAUUUCUUAUAUUAAACUACGCUGAGAAAUAACAUAAAAUCCGUUUGAUAGUACAUGUGUUUUUAAUGGUUUUAUAUUUGAUUAAAAUUGAACUGAAUAAAAUUAACAAGGCUUCCAUAUUUUUAUAUUUAUAAUAUGGAUGACAAUUUACAAAACACUUCUGAUAUAAAUAUUAUUUAAGUAUAUGAGAGCUUCAGUUGUAGGUUACGUUUAACCAACAAUGCAAGCUAGAACGGAGUAAAAAAUAUGACGUCGCAACGACACACACAUAUAGCUCUUUUAAUACGUGUACACCACUACAGGCUCGUGUGUAGCCCUCUACCGACAAAUUCGUCUAAGAAAUAUUUAUUAAAUAUUAACAAGCCUUGUUUGGUGCUAACAAAUAUUUCUUUUAUGUUAAUAAGACUUUGUUAGCAUUAAAAAUAUUUCUUAAUAAUAAAGAAGUUACUUAUUUCAUUAUAAUAAAUAUUGUUAAUAAUUACUAAAUAUUUGUUAAAUCCAAAAAAGUCAGUUGAGAAAAAUUUAAUAAAUCAAUUUAUUACUCCUAAACAAAUCCUUCUAUCAGUGUAACAAAAUUAAAUUUAGGUCGCGCGUGCUACCCCUCGCCUAUGAUUGGCGCCUAUAUAAACCGCCGCAAAUCGGUCCUCAAUGCCCAUUUAUUAUCAAGCUUUUGAUUACGUAUAAUCUCAUUAUUUGAAAAUAUUAAAAUUUAAUUUCUUUGUUCGAGUCCUUAAUAAUUAAAUUCAGAAUUUAUACAAUUUAAAGUGAAUUAUCCUAAAUAAAAAUAAUUUCGAUUUUUAAUUCUUUCAUUCGACAUUACAAAUAAUUUAAUUAAUUAAAUUAUUUCUGUUGAAUAUUAUUACUGUUUUAAAUGUUAUUUUUCAUAUUUAAAUAAAUUUAGUCAUCCUAAAAGUGUAUAUUCAGACAGAUUGUCAACUACCCAGUAUAAGUAAACCCCUUUGCUCAUUUUUACAUCAACAAUUCUCAACAUUCAAGAACCAUAACCAACUAUCAAGCCACCUGACAACAAUUUAUUUCGAAGCGAAUUUCAAUCAACAACAAUUUAAUACGAAUCGAAUCUCAAUCAACAAUCUGGUCUCCAGCUCAGCCAAAUCUUGUAUCCUGACAAUUUAUUAUAUUGAAUAAACCAACCGUAAGUUAAAUUAAUUGUUCAUUUAUCUAGUGAUAAGACACAUCCAUUCAUCUCGUACAUCUCAUUUUCGUAUAUUGACAUACUCGACACUAAAUAGCGAGGUCCCCGCUACCCGAGUAAAUGGCUUAAGUGCUUUGACUCUGUCACGAUAUUUUAAUAUCGCGGCAGUCUCGCAUCAGGUCGGUGAGCAACAGAGGGCAGCACACGCUGCUCACACGUCUCAUCCGACACUGUAUUAUAAUUGUUGUUUGUUCAUUUAUAAGAUUUUAUUUAAUUAUUAUAUUAAUAAUACUUAAUUGAUUUCUUAGGUGUGAAUUGUGUUUAAAUCAGGAGAUUUUACUGAUUAAGUUAAGCAUAUAUUUGGAUUUUGUAGCGCUGGGGAAAAUAGUUGCGCAUUUCAUUUAUGUGCUUAUGAUUGUUUUGAAUUGGUUGGCGCAUGCGCGUCAACGCAACAGUUGGCAUCCGUAGAUUUAUUUAUUAUAAAUAAAUCUACUAGUUUUAUGAAUAAAUCAUUGGUUGAUUUAUCGGUGAAUAUUAUUAAGAAUUAAUUAGGGAAAAUACAAUUGGUCAUUUAGCGUCGGGAACUUGAUAAACUACACGGCCACAGUUAUGUAGUACGUUGGUGGUACUGUAAAGCAAUAACAUGCGACAGUUGUAUAUCUCUAUUGGGUGAAGUGAGAUAUACGACAAAAUGGCGUCGGCCUAGGUGCCGGCGUGAGAUUCACGUGCUGCCAUGGUCAGACGUGGGAUAGUCUCUGUAAGAGUAGCGUGUGUGCUCUGUUACAUUAAAUUAAUUAUACAUUUGUCGCCAAUUGGUAUUUCGUGUAAAUAAUAUACACCCAUUGGCAUUAGUUGAGCAUUUGUUAAAUUGCAUAAAGGAAAAUACAUUUACCGUAUUAGCGUGCAACCAAGGGAGUUGAAUAAUACGUAAACUAAUUCAAGGGGAAUCCAAAUCAAGUUGUAGCGUAUCUUUUAAAAUUGCAGUCUAUCGAAUGUCAAAUGCAACGGACGUGUAAUGGAUACAAGAAUGCUAAAGACGCUAUGUAAAUAACUCUAAACCAUGUAGAUAUUUUACGUUUCAUCGCAUUUUUUAAAAUAAAUUGGGAGUACGAAUUAAUCAAAUAAAAAAUUGUAAAAUAAUCCACAAUUCAAUAACGAAAUAAUUAAACCUAAUAAUUUUAUGAUUUUUGUAAGAAUACUAAGUGAUUCAUCCGAAAUAACAUGAGACAAAUAGUUGUGUAUCACUGGAAAUAUCAUUUGAAAUCAUUUAUAUCAUAUUCGGCAUAAAAAAGAUAAUGCUACAACAUGAACAUGUAGUUGUUUUGAAAAUUAUUAUAUUGUAUCGUAUAAAAUUAAAAGAUAUGAAAAUGGUCGAAAAUAAAAUUGGAGGGAGCAUAGAAAAGUAAUGAUUAGAAUAAAUGAUAUUUCAAGUAGGAAAUAGUUUAGAAUAGAAAGGGUGCCAAAACAUCAUAAUGAUAAAUAACUAUAAUAAAAGUGAAGUUAAUACACGUCUUUGUUUACUCUUGGAUGAUUCGGAGAUGCAAGAAGAUCCAAGAACAGCAUCAUUGAGACGAAUCAGUUAUGGGAUAAUUUUACCAGCUAUCUGUUGUUUAGGGAUUGUCGGAAAUAUAUUCAAUCUUGUUGUACUAACAAGAAAAAAUAUGCGAGGCACUGCGUAUAUUUAUAUGCGAGGAUACUCGGCGGCAGCAUUAUUGGCAAUUCUGUUCUGUAUUCCUUUUGCCUUGCGGGUUCUCAUUCACAAAGAGACAGGAAGAUGGAGUAACUGGCCUCAAGCAUUUUAUCAUGCUCACUUAGAACUUUUUUUAGGAAAUGGAUGCUUAGGUGUUGGAGUCAUGAUGCUGUUAGCUUUAACAAUUGAGCGUUAUGUGAGUGUAUGCCAUCCAGGUCAACACACACGUCCAUUAUGUGGACCUCCAUAUUUUACAGUGAGUUUGAUUCCGCUUGCAACUUUUCUUGUUUAUCUUCCUAGUGUAUUUAAAGGAGAGGUAAUAACUUGUCUAUUAUCAUCGAGUGACUCUGUAAUUUACCAAAAACGUGACAAUUCAUCAUUUAUGCAUUCAAUUUUUUAUCAAAUAUACAAAGUUGUCCUAGAAGUUGUAUUUAAAGUAGCGCCAACAAUACUACUUGCAGGAUUUAAUUUACGGAUAAUGAUUGUGUACAGAAAAUCAUGUGAACGCAGACGAAAAAUGACAUCCCGAAUCAUGAACAGUGGUGAUGAUGAUUCGAGAUCCUUUGCUGAAGAACGUCGGCUUGUCUUACUUCUCAGUAGUACCAGUAUUCUUUUUCUUAUUUGUGUUAGUCCAAUGGUUAUAUUGAAUGUUACUUUGAGCGAGAGCAACUUAACUUUAUAUUCUUAUCAAAUGUUUCGUGCUUUGGCUAACCUACUCGAAGUUACUAAUUACUCAAUUACGUUCUACAUUUAUUGUUUAUUUUCUAAGGAUUUUCGUAAUACGCUUAUUCGAACUAUUAAGUGGCCAUGGUGUAAAACCGCACAAAAUAGACAUAGGUUGCCAAUGAAGAGAUCUCUUAACCCUAGACCGACUAUCACCACAUCACCACCAACUACUACCGUUGCUACUCCUGGACAUGUAUCACGUGCAAGUGUGUAGUUGUUGCACAACGAAUGCCAUUCGGUAAUAAUUGAAGAUAAAUAUUAAUGAACGAAAUAAUAAUCUACAAAUAGAAGAAAAGUAUUAAAAUAGAUUUUUCAACGUUGUGAUUUAAAGAUUUUCAAUUGCCUAGAAUAUGUACCUGGUUUAUUUACAUAUUUAUCAAAUAAAUUUGUUACAGAGAAAGCUUCAGUUUACCAGAACAUUUUGUAA